CCUUUGCAUCUUCCACCACUUUCUCAUCUCCUAUUCUAACAUAUCUCUCCAAUUCAAAUCACUGUCUAAAAUUGCAACCCUCUCCAUCUCACAAUACCGAAAUGUCUCAAUACGCCUUCCCUGGAGCCAACUCCUCUCACAGACCCCAUCCGACCGGGCCGUCCAUCAAGCCUCGGCCUAGCCGCUGGUAUCUCCCAGUUGUCGCUGCCAUCGGACUCGGCUUCGCCGGCUACAACUACUACAACGAGGCUAAAUCGCGGCACGAGUUCGCCAUGGCUGAGGAGGAGAAGCGCCUUGCCCGAAACCGGAAACUCAUGGACGCCUACGGGAGCAAAGACAGCCUGCACGAUGUACAGCAGGCCCUCGACACAUACCAUGCUCGAUGAGCGUGUCCCGCUUCGGACAAGGCCUGCGGCUAAGUUGAGGUCAAACCUUUCUUGUCGCUCUCCGUCGCAAUGCUGGUUUUUGUGACAAAGGGCAUUUUAUGAUGCAUGGAGUUAUUUUGCGAGGGUUUUGGCGUCGGUGUUUUGGGAUUUUCUUUUGGGGCUUCAUUUCCCCCCUUCCCCAGAUAGUGUGACAUUCACUAUCAUAUAGGUGGAUACCUUUAUACCAUUUUCUAUGUUCAACAACACAAGUACGCUGGCAAAUAAUUCUUGCCUCAGACUGGAUGAUGAUACCAUCCAUUUCACUAUACUCAAAAUGAAGAAAAAAAAACCUCAUAACACUACUGAUCACUACAUGGGAACCAAAUGUUCAAGCC